GUUGCAACUCAUGAGCCCUCAGCCAUUUGUUUAGAUAUAUAGAAAAGAUGGUAUCAGCAUCAGCAUGGUUGAUUUUGAUUUUGGUUUGGAUGAGUAAUAGUGUAAGGGCAGAGCAGAAUUUGAGAUGGGAGGUGGGAUACAUGCGGUGGUCUCCAGACGGGGUGGAAGAUGUGAUUAUGACCAUCAACGGCCACUACCCGGGCCCCACCAUUCGGGCUGUGGCCGGCGAGACCAUUCAGGUUCACCUCACCAACGGCCUUCCCACAGAGGGAGUCGUCAUCCACUGGCAUGGAAUCAGACAGAUUGGGACACCAUGGUCGGAUGGAACAGCCUCCAUCUCGCAGUGCGCCAUAAAUCCAGGAGAAUCAUUUGUCUACAAGUUUACUGUCGACAGGGCGGGUACAUACUUUUACCAUGGGCAUUUCGGGAUGCAACGGUCAGCGGGGCUCUACGGGAUGUUGAUCGUGAACUCGCCCCAAGGACAGGAGACGCUCCAGUACGAUGCCGAGUUGGAUCUUCUGCUUAGUGAUUGGUGGCAUUCCUCCACUCGUGAUCAAGAGGUUGAUCUCUCCUCCAAUCCUAUGAUUUGGAUUGGAGAGCCACAGACUUUGUUAAUGAAUGGUAGAGGGCAGUUCAAUUGCUCCUUGGCGGCCAACUAUGGGAACUCAUCGUUAGGGCCGUGCAACAUUAAAGGCGGUGAACAGUACGCUCCCUAUAUCUUUCACGUCCAACCCAACAACACCUACCGCCUCAGGAUAGCUAGCUCCACUUCAUUGUCUUCUCUCAACUUGGCUAUUGGGAAUCACAAUCUCACGGUGGUGGAAGCCGACGGCAACUACGUGGACCCAUUCACCGUGCCCAACAUGGACAUCUACUCCGGCGAGUGCUACUCCGUCCUCUUCACAACCAAUCAAGACGCCACCCAAAACUACUGGAUCUCCGCCGCCGUCAGAGGGAGAAAGCCGGCCACCCCGCCCGCCCUAACCCUCCUCAACUACCAACCCACAUCCGCGAGUCAGCUCCCCCUCUCGCCCCCUCCAGUGGCCCCCGCCUGGGACGACUACGACUACAGCAAGGCCUUCUCCAACAAGAUCCACGCCCCCACCGGCUCCACUCCGCCGCCGCCCAGCGCCGACCGCCGGAUCGUGCUGUUGAACACGCAAAACAACGUCGACGGGUUCACGAAAUGGGCCAUCAACAGCAUCUCACUGUCCCUCCCGACCACCCCCUACUUAGGCGCCAUCAAAUAUAACCUCACCGACGCCUUCAAUCAGACCAGCCCCCCGGACCACUACAGCCCCGCCGACUACGACAUCACGCAGCCGCCCCCCGCCGGCCAGGUCACCACAGUCGGCAACGGGAUCUACACGUUCGACAUCAAUUCCACCGUGGAUGUGAUCUUGCAGAACGCGAAUACGCUGACGCCUAAUGACAGUGAGAUCCACCCGUGGCACAUGCAUGGCCAUUAUUUCUGGGUGCUUGCUUAUGGAGAGGGGAAGUUUACGGACGCGGACGCCGCCGUGUUGUCGAACUCGACGGCGCCGCCGUUGAGGAACACGGCGGUGAUCUUCCCGAACGGGUGGACGGCACUGCGGUUUGUGGCGGAUAAUCCGGGGGCGUGGGUGUUUCAUUGCCAUAUUGAGCCGCAUUUGUAUAUGGGAAUGGGGAUUGUGUUUGCGGAAGGUGUGGAUCUUCUCGACGUUCCCACUGACGGCCUUGCCUGUGGAUUGACGGCCAAAUAUCUCAUGAAUAACUGAUCAUCAGAUCAUCAUCAGACUAGCUAGCUUCUUCUUGCUUUUAUUCUAAUUUAAGUAAUUAUAAUCCCACUUGAUUAAUUAAUUAAUCAUGUAUUGCUCCACUUUUUUAUUGUAAGCGUGAUUGUCGAUCUAGUAUGAGGUUGGUGCAUCUCGAUUCAAA